AGGGAUAAAAUACAUAAGGAUCGAGGGAUCCAAUCCUGUUAAAGCUUGUUCUGGUACUGGUUGAACCUUAAAUAUAACGUUAGCACACUUCCCUGGAAGUAUAGGGUUGAGGUGUACGUCUGACCUGCAGGGUUUCUUGGUUUUAUCGGAACAAAAAGGUUGAAAUUUUCCUUACUGUAGCUGUCUCGCCAAACAAAACGAGAAUGGGACGGAAAAAGGCAACUUCUAAUGCAGAUGCAGCUGCAGAGCCAAGACGGAAGUCUCAAAGGUUGUCAGAGAAAGAGACCCAGGAAAAGCCACAACCAGAGAAGACAAAGGCUCCGCCUAAGACCAAGAAGGUAAAGGAGGCAGCAAAGGCUGAAGAGAAGAAAGAAGAAGCCCAGGCAGAGAAAGAAGUUCCUGCAGAAAAUGGCGAGGCCAAAGCUGAGGAGGCUGCUGCAGCAGAUGAUCAGGCAGACGAAAAGGAAGCCAAGGCUGAAGAGGAUGAGAAAGCAGAGUAGCGGAGAUGGUUUCCUGUACUUCUUUUUGUUGUAAAAUGCAGAGAAUAUUUUUAUCAGCUAUUUUCUUAAGACGACAUUGUUUUUAAGGAUGUGAUUGCAUUUUUAAAAUACUUAAAUGUCUGUUAAAUUUCCAAAGCUUUUGUGAAGGGACCCUUUCUGUCAUUGUGUUGAUUGUAUUUUGUGACAUCAUACAUGUUUCACGAGUGAGAGAGUUUGUUCAGAGGGAUCAUAUCACCGGUACUAUUAUGGAUUCUCAAAAUGCUGUGAGUGGAAUAAUGCUGUGGAAGCUAAAGCAUUAUUUUGUGUUUGUGGACUUUGGUGCUCAGCUUUUACUUUGUUUGUUUUUGUUGUUGUUUUUUUCCCCCAUCUGAAACAAAUGCUUUAAAUUUUCCGGUAUAGUAGUGAACAACGUUGAGACACAUCAUUGCAGAGAUAGUUGUUUAUCCUUUUAGGAUCUUUGGUUUGGGGAUUUUAUCUUUUUCAAAUGCAUUUAUGUUAUAUGUGGUAUAAAAUGCCAAUUAAAAUGGUUGUUUCUGUAAA